AUGUCAAAACUCAUAGUGAUUAUGGGUAUCACCGGUACCCAGGGAGCGUCCGUCGCCGACGUCUUUCUCCAAGAACCCGGCUGGAAAAUCCGUGGCGUAACACGCGACAUCAAUAAGAAAUCAAGCCUCUCGUGGUCAAAGAAAGGAGUUGAAAUAGUCGAAGCGGAUGUCGACAAUAUCGAGUCCCUCACCCACGCCUUCCGAGAUGCGUAUGCCAUAUUCGCGGUCACGGAUUACUGGGGUCCCAUGUACGACCAGCACAGCUACGGCAAACUCCGACUAGGCCAAACGAUUAAUGAAUACUGCUACGAGUUGGAAAUCAAGCGUGGCACGAACAUUGCGAAUGCUGCUGCUCGUAUCGAUACUCUGGAGCGAUUCGUGUUCUCGAGUCUACCAGGAAUAAAAUCAAUUGCUGAUGGAAAGUAUCAACAUGUCUAUCACUUCGACGCAAAGGCGGAGAUUGCACGGUAUAUACAAGAAUCUCUUCCGCAAUUGAAUGCAAAGACAUCGCUGCUGCUGCUUGGUGAAUAUGCCACUAAUUGGAGAAUGUGGAGAUUGAGACGACCAAACAAGCAGGAAGAUGGCUCGUAUGUGUUUUUGCUGCCUGGAGACGGCAAUACCUUAACACCGUUCGUUGUGCCGAGGAAGGAUACUGGUCACUUCGUCAGGGCCCUGGUCAUGCUACCACCUGGAAAGCUGCUCUUGGGUUAUGGAAGUCUCCCUAGUCACGAAGAGUACGUUCGUCUUUGGACCCAGGCCCUGGGAGUCGGGGAUAUCAAAAUCAAGCAUGUGACUAUCGACGAAGCUGCCGCUUUCGAAGGUGGACCACAUGGUCUUGAACUUGCGGAGCAGGUGGCAAGUGUGCUACAACUAGAUUUGUCUAGUGAAUACAUUGUGCAUCCCAGUCAGAUUCCAAAAGAGAUAGGUUGUCCGACGACCAGUCUCGAGGACUACAUGAAAACUGAAGAUUUCUCGUCCAUGUUGAAUAUAUGA